UGAUGAGAUACUCCGAGACAUUGUUGACGAUGAAGACGAGAAGAGUCAGAAGAGAGAUAGAAUAAAAGAACCAUCGUUGAUCAUGUUGAGAAAUCUCAGAGGUAGAUUUCUUCUCUUCUCGAGCAACGCCACCAUUAAGGUGCGAUACUCAACGUGUCUAGCCACCAUUACACUCUCCGAUGAUGUACAUGAACAAUCAUCGGAAUCUCCUCACGCCUCCGUCUCUCGAGACACUGCAGAUUACAUCUCCUCGAUUCUCACCUGCAAAAACGUCUCAGAGGUUGGUAAAAUCCACGCCCAAGUGGUCGUCAAUGGCUUCUUACAAGACCUUCCCGUUGCAAACAAGCUCCUUUACAUAUACGCGCAGUUCAGAGCCAUAGCUGAUGCAGAGACACUGUUCGACGAAAUGAUCGUUAAGGAUUCCGUCUCCUGGAGUGUGAUGGUUGGUGGGUUUGCCAAAACUAAAGAUUUCGUCAGCAGUUUGCGAGUUUUUAGAGAGAUUCUUCGAUCAAGUUUGAAUCUUGAUAACUACACGUUGCCUAUAAUGAUUAGGGUUUGCAGAGAGAAGAGAGAUGUUGUCGUAGGUAGAUUGAUUCAUAAAGUAGCGUUGAAGUCUGGUAUGGAUUUUGACUGUUAUGUUUGUGCUGCGCUUGUUGAUAUGUACGCUAAAUGUGGGGAGAUUGGUGAUGCAUGCAAACUGUUCGAUGAAAUGCCUAAGAGAGACCUUGUGACUUGGACGGUCAUGAUUGGUGCAUGUGCUGAUUCAGGGAGGCCUGAUGAGUCGUGGGUUUUGUUUGAAAGGAUGAGGAAUGAAGGGAUUGUUCCUGAUAGAGCCGCUGUUGUCACCAUUGUUAACGCUUGUGCUAAGCUUGGAGCUUUGCACAAGGCUGUGAUACUUCAUGAUUACAUCCGCUUAAUGAAUUUUCCUAUUGGUGUGGUUCUUGGAACAGCUUUGAUUGAUAUGCACGCCAAAUGUGGGAACCUUGAUUCUGCCAGAGAGAUGUUUGAUUCGAUGAAGGAGAGAAAUGUUAUCUCGUGGAGUGCCAUGAUUGCAGCUUAUGGGUAUCAUGGGAAAGCAACCAAAGCUCUUGAGCUGUUUCAUAUGAUGGUUGGAGAUAGAAGGUUGCCGCCUAAUGAAAUUACUUUUGUUUCUCUGCUUAAUGCUUGCAGCCAUGCAGGGUUUGUGGAAGAGGGCACGAAGAUAUUUGAUUUGAUGAUAAAGUACGGCAUUACGCCAAACGUGAAACACUAUACUUGUAUGAUUGAUCUCUUGGGUCGAGCUGGUAGGCUCAGUGAGGCUAGUGAGAUGAUUGAAACCAUGUCUAUUGAAAAAGAUGAAACUUUAUGGGCUUCUUUUCUCGGAGCUUGCAGGAUCCAUAAGAAUGUAGAGAUGGCAGAGAAGGCUGCCAUGUCCUUGCUUGAGCUACAGCCACAGAACCCAGGUCACUACAUUUUACUCUCUAAUAUCUAUGCAAACGAUGGUAAAUGGGAAGAGGUUGCUAAAGUUAGGAACUUGAUGAACCAACGAGGUUUAAAGAAGGUCCCCGGUUAUACUUGGAUUGAAGCUAAUAACAGAACACAUAGGUUUAAGGUUGGGGAUAGGACACAUCCUAAGUCUCGAGAGAUUUAUGAUGCUCUCAAGGAUUUGACUGAGAAGCUUGAAGAGGCGGGUUUUGUCCCUGAUACAAACUUUGUGCUGCAUGAUGUGGAUGAAGAAGUCAAAGUUGGGAUGUUAUCUUUACAUAGUGAAAAGCUAGCGUUAGCGUUUGGCUUGAUCGCGACUCCUGUAGGUAGUCUCUUGAGAAUCACAAAGAAUCUCAGGGUUUGUGGUGACUGCCAUAGCUUUUUCAAGUUUGCAUCAUUGGUUACAAAGCGAGAGAUUAGUGUAAGAGAUGCAAGUCGGUUUCAUUGCUUCAAAGAAGGUUCUUGUUCAUGUGGAGACUAUUGGUAACUUCAAGUUGUUCCUUCUUGUAACAAGGGGAUUAUCUCUCGACGAUCCAAGGAUCCGAGUCAUUGUUCUUGAUGUCUUGCCGUCUUCUGUCGCGUGUUCUUCACUUCGAGAUCGAUGAGGCAGCCCUUAGCGUAGACGACGAAGACAAAAGUUACGGAGAACACACAACUGGCUUGAACUUGGUUUGCGAAGGAUGAGUUUACCGUUUGUAAACAGGGUGAGCUAAGGGACGAGCAAACAAGGAGAGCUAAGGGAGAGCUAAUGGACGAGCAAACAUCAGUCCCGAGAUAUAAGUUGCGUUAAGGGACGAGGAAACAUCAACUAUAUGGCAUAAAGUAUGUUAUAUGAGUUGAAUUUCACGUAUCUUAAACUCCAUUAUAGUUGAUGUUUACCCUUAGACAUUUGAUAAUGCCGACGAUGGUCUCAUAUUUUGACCAGGUGAUUAAUAGUUCGUAUUGUUCGUAUUGUUCGUAUGUUCGUAUGUGGAGACAAUUCAUCGUAGCACGUAUCCAGAGUAUUGAGAUGGUUUUAGUUGAUUCCCAUGUUAGUAUAUUGUGGGUUUUUUUUUA